AUGUCUACAUGGUUCACUAUUCUCGCCAGAGUAGCUGAGGUAGAUAGAAUCUCGAACUCCGCAUAUCGCAAUGCUCUAUGUGAGUUCGAGGAGGGCGAUAAUGACGCCACAGCAGGAGAUUGGAGAAGCUUCUAUAUAGCAUUCUAUGGUGAUCUGUUGGAAGCCGGGAGAGCAUAUAUGAUCCGCGGUCAGGCUCGGCUUCCGGGCAAUGACGAGGCAGAGGCGCCUAAGGCGAAGUUGACUUGCACGCCACGAUUUGUUGACGCUACUCGCACGUUCGAAUUCGAAGCAAAGGUUACCGGAUACUAUGGUGAUCCUGUCCCUCAAGCUUUACGCAAUGACAAAGUUUUCAAAGCUUCGCAAACCCGUACCAAGACUCAAUAUUUUUACGCUGAAAGUUCUCCCAAAUUCGACCGUACUCUCGGCAGUACAAACCUGCGCGCUCAAAGUAAGCUCUUCAUCGAUGGAUUCUAUACCUUUCCGGAUGAGGAGACCCAGCAGCCUGGAUAUCUUGACCUGCUCGCCGUGUCCUUUAACUCGACCAACAAGGACCCUGGAAGUAGUACCCCUUCUGCCGCUAAAGGUGGUUCUUCGCGACGCAGAGACGUGCCACUUAAGGGAUCACCUGCGACGCCGACAAACAAGAGCAAAGCGCCAGUUCCAAUGACUCCGCCCAGUUCGCGUCUUCCUUUCUACAGCGAGAGUUCUGAGUCGACGCCUCAUUCCGUGUCUGACACGUUUACUCCCAGAGGAGGUAGCUCCGUAUCAUCUCUCGCAAUGGGUGACAGCAGCAGGGGGAAUAGAUUUGCUGAUUUUGAGUUACCUAAAAGCGAACCCGAGACUCAAGACGGCCACUCUACGGUGGUAUAUCUUACCCCGGGUGGUUUGCAGAACAAGCACCAGGCAACUGAACCUCCUCCGGAACCUCCUUCUAAGCGCAACCGGAAGCCGAGUCAGAAAGCGAAGGAGACGUUUAUUAAUGAUGAGCUUGAGGAAUAA